ACUGGCAACCCUAGUCAGUCAGAGUGCAUGCAGCACUGUGCAGAAGCAGCAGACUUCCCGCAGGGAUCCCGGGACUAAACACACUGUUGUCUAGAUGGCUGACAGAAAGGAGUAACUUAACGAACAGUGCUGCAAACUCUCCGUGGUCAUUCACAAAGUGUCUCGGGUAACAAACGGUGACAUUAUGGAGCAGGAAUUUGAAGACAUCGAUUCGUCAGGGAGAUGGCAGAACCUUUACAAUGAGAUCCGUAACCAAGCCAGCGAAUAUCCUUACAAAGUUGCAAAACUCCAAGUGAAUCGGAAUUUGAACCGCUACAGAGACGUCAGCCCAUAUGAUCACAGUCGAGUAAAACUUGAAAACGCGGAAAAUGACUACAUUAAUGCAAGUUUAGUUAUGAUGGAAGAAGCCCAAAGAGCUUACAUUCUGUCUCAGGGGCCUUUGAGGAAUACUUGUGGUCAUUUCUGGCUGAUGGUUUGGGAGCAGUGUAGCAAAGCUGUUAUAAUGCUCAACAGAGUCAUUGAAAAGGGAUCUGAAAAGUGUGCACAGUACUGGCCCACCUCAGAGGAGCUACAGAUGUCUUUUACAGACACAGGCUUUGUUGUCAGGCUACUUUCAGAGGAGGACCAGUCCUAUUUCACAAUCCGAUUGCUGGAACUGCAAAACACAAAGACAGGGGAGUCGAGGGAGGUCUACCACUUUCAUUACACAACAUGGCCUGACUUUGGUGUCCCAGAAUCUCCUGCCUCUUUCCUCAACUUCCUCCUCAAGGUUCGGGAAUCUGGCUCGCUGAGUCCAGAGCACGGGCCCUCAGUGGUGCACUGCAGUGCUGGCAUUGGACGCUCUGGGACCUUUGCCUUGGUGGACACCUCCCUGGUCCUGAUGGACAGGUGUAAGAGUCGGUCAUCAGUGGACAUACAGAAGGUGCUGCUGGACAUGAGGGAAUAUCGUAUGGGUCUGAUCCAGACCCCUGACCAGCUCCGCUUUUCCUACAUGGCAGUCAUAGAGGGAGCCAAGAUCAUUCUGACGGAUAACUCACCCAUACAGCAAAACAAGCAGAGACUACUAUCUAGAUCUGCCCCCUCUUUGGAGUCAGAUCUGCCCCCUCCGCCACCUCCACCUAGACCUCACCUCAAUGACAGCAGGCCCAAUGGCCAGCCAACAUCUUAUAUGGAGCCACAGGCCGCCUCAGGAGACAACCUGCUGCCAACAGAACCAGACAGCCAUGACCACAAUGUGGAAGACCUCUCUGGGCAUCUCAGAAAGCGACACCGUGAGGAGAGGAUUGCCAGCACUGCACAGAAGGUCCUGCAGAUGAAACAGAGACUGACCGACUCAGAGAGAAAGCAAGAGAAGUGGCUGUACUGGAGGCCCGUGCUGCUCAACGUCGGUGCUGGGGCAGCUUUGGCUGUCAGCCUACUGGUUUGCUGGAUGUACUCCCAGUGAAACACUCGGGGUUACUUAAAACUGACUUAUUUUGCACCAGUACCUGGGGUUAGGUACUUCUCUAAGCAGAUUUAGAUGAUAAGAUGUGCAUAUCCGAGGGUAUUUAUUUCUUUAAGGUCAAAAUGCGGGAGCGCUAGAUCAAAUGAGCGUGUGUAUAUUUUUCAUGUAACAUCUAAACAAAAAUAGUAACAUCUCAGGAUCUCGUUGCCAGCACGAUGAUUUUAUUUUCCUUUCCUCUUUGUCACUGUUGAUGAAUGUACUGUAUCAUAGCAAAUUGCUUUGAAAGAAACCUACUUGAGGUGCAGUAAAAAGACAAAAAAAAUUAUUCUGAAAGAUUUAUUUUUGCAUUCUUUAUUUGCUAUAGUCAGAUGUGUGUUGAUCAUCUGUGGACAUGUUUUAACAUUCUGCAUUUCAAAAGGAGUUCUGUUGACUGUUUAUCCUACCAUAGAUAUGUUGGAUGAUUCCUUUUCCUUGACAUUUGCCAAGGGAGUUUUAUUUUCCUGUAAGAGAAUUCACAUUUCAUGCAUGCAUUUAAAGGUUCACCAGAACACCACCUGUUCUUCCAUUUACAUUAAGCAGAUAAUUGCAAUAUGUUUCAGACUCUGCUAGAAUGUUCACCUUUCAUUUUCUGUUAAACAAGCACAUGUUUCCUUUCAGUUUUUGUUUUCACAUGGGUCAUAGUGACUAUCAAUACCUUCACAGCUUAAUGUGUGUAUUCACCCACUGGAUGGGUUCAUGUUUGUUCAGGUUAUCCCACUUUAGGAAACCAAAGCAAAGCUGUCCAGUUUUAUUAAAAUACCAGCCAAGCAAGCUGUUUAUUUGUACUCCC